GAAUUUGACCAAACGCAGGUUUUUGCAGUUCUUUAAUGAGUCAAGCUUCUUUGGGCCUGCCAUCAUUUCUCCAUCCUCAUUAUAUCAAGGUCCAACAUAGAAGUAGGAAAUCAUUCUGAACUUGUCACACGUAUCCACAAGCACCCUGUCCUUUUUGCUUCUUCCCACUCAAGGCUACCAUGACACAGGCACUACUGAUAUGUUAUUCCAUACAUCAGAACAAGAUAUGCGUAACUGUUUCUCCCCGUCCCUCCCUCUGCUUUUCACCAUCACUUCAGGCUCAAGCCAACAACACCAACAUUGAACCAGGCUCCACCAUCUCAGUCCCUUUCACAGUUGCCACAACCGCCAACGGAGUUGUUAAUGACUCUGCAACCGGGACUUUCACAGUCCAAGUGAACAAUGACCGCGGUUAUUCUUUAACUGCACCCGACACCGUUACCAUAGCAGCGGGCAAAGCCAACGGCACCGUCACCUUAACAGCACCAGCCAGUGCCGUGUCAGGAACAGACGUGACUCUUACCAUUCAGGCAGAAAACACAGCUGCCAACGACAUCAACUUCACCGUCCUCAGGUUGUCUAUUGUUGCCAAGGUGACGGAUAUUACCCGCCCAGUGUGCCAGGUAGUCAGUUCAUCCACCAAUUGUCCCUCCUCCCCAGCGCUCUGUACUUCCUCCCAAUGGGAAUUCGUUGCCAAUCUCACCGAUGGCAUCAACGGAACUGGCAUCGAGAGCCUGACCAUCCGCCAAGGGAACGGUACCCUAAACACCAGCACUGCGACUGGAGCAGAGGGGGAAAACAUUACAGUGGCUACCUACAGCGCCUCCUGCUGCUCACAGAAUGUAGUGCUGGCUGCUGUGGACAGGGUAGGUAAUGUGGGGACAUGUGUGGGACAGGCUAGAGAAUCUACCACGAAUGUGUCCACUGCUGCCCCCGUACUUAACACAACAUCCAUGACUACAGCUGCACUUAACACAACAUCUGCAGGAAGCCCCACAGAGAGCAUAUCCCGCUAUAUCUAUUUGAGUGUUGCUUUUUCUAUCCUUUGGAACUGAAUAGCAUACAUGGAAAUUACACUGUAAAUGUGCAAUUUUAGCACAGGAAUUCAUUAUUUUAAGCUUUUCAGAUAUUUUCAUUUUCCACAGCUCGAGUAAAAUAUAAUUUCCUUUCAUGUCAAUAAUAUGAUGCGCAUAUCUCUUUUUAAUGAUUUUAUUUUUCUAUAACUUAAAUACGUUGAAUCAUUUACAGUUCCUCAAAGGAAGUAUCAAUGUUCCUUAUGGUGUGUGGAUGUCUGCGUGAUGCCAAUGUAAAAGUUCCUGAAUCUGCUCGAAUAACAACGGCUGCUAGAUUCUGGACUAAACUCAAUUGGCUAAACGGACAUGUUUUUGGGGUUGCACUAGUUACAUCAUUUCUUAUUCAAUCUUGGUGUCAGAUUGGAGAAAUACUGUUGAUUGAUGUUUUGAGAGAUAUUUGUAAUCAAUAAACUUCCCUACAACGGCCUUA